AUGAUGGAUCGUAUUAGUAGAUUAUCUACUAACCAAUCAACAACUGCAUUCUUUACCUGUUCAGUUUGUACCGCAACAUCAGCAGUCUCAGCAGAUGAUAUAUGUGAUUUUUGUUGGUAUGACUUUGAAGCGACUGAGGAUGAACGUCGUAUUGUGAAUGAAUCAAGCGUAUUUCGUGAAUUAUCUGUUCAUCAAUGGUAUGCUAAAUUACAUGUAACGAAAAUACCAUUAUCUUGGUUAUCUCCAGUAACUGUUAUGCAUAUAUUACACGAUUGUUUUCGUGUAUUUUUAUUUAAACCAGCAGUUGAACGAUGUUUACAAACAGCAACAAAUGUAUUUCCUGAUGGUGUUCUUUGGCUACGACGACUUAUGAGAGGUUCAUUGCCUAUUAUAUUACAAUCAACAGUAACUGAUCGAAUUUAUAAAUUUUCAGCUGGAAGUAAUAGAACACCUGUUUGGUAUAAGAUUACGAAAGACGAAUCUGAUUCUAAGUUAAAAUGGUCAUGGACUCCAUACAAUCCAAUGACAGACAACGAAAAUACUGGAUGGUUACCAUGUCCGCAAUUACUCGUCUCAGAAGGUAGCUUUACUGGUCAGGUACCAGUAGCCGAAAGUAUUUUCAUCAUUAUGUUUUUGCAUACAUUUCGUCCAGAUCCACCGUCUGAAGAAAUGGUUAAUAAACGAAACUCUAAUCUACGAAUAAAAAAUCGCGUACGCGAAGACGUUUUAAAAAACUUUUCAAAUUUAACAGUGAAAGCAAAUAAAUCUUAA